CUUCCCCGACGGGAGGGCGCGCGGGGCUGGGAGGCGGCUCCGCGCGGCCGGCUGGCGCCGAGGGGAAGGCAGGGCGGCGAGGGGAAGGCAGGGCGGGCGGGAGGAAGAGCGAGAGCUGCCGGAAGCGGCGGAGCGGCGCUGGCGCUGGGGAGCCCGCGGAGCCCCCGGCAAGCAUGUAGUUGGGUGACAGCGGCCGCAGCGCGCCGCCGCCAACGGUUGCCGGCGCGGAGGGGCCGGGUGCCGCCGGCCGGAGCAGGCGGGCGGGAGCCACUCUCGCGCCCCACUUGGCCCUCGGCUCCGCGGCGCUGCCAUGGGGCUGCCCACGCUGGAGUUCAGCGACUCCUACUUAGACAGCCCGGACUUCAGGGAGCGCCUGAAGUGCCACGAGAUCGAGCUGGAGAGGACGAACAAGUUCAUCAAGGAGCUGAUCAAGGACGGCAGCCUGCUCAUCGGCGCCCUGCGCAAUUUAUCCAUGGCAGUGCAAAAAUUCUCACAGUCUUUACAAGAUUUCCAGUUUGAGUGCAUCGGAGAUGCUGAAACUGAUGAUGAGAUUAACAUUGCUCAGUCACUGAAAGAGUUUGCCCGGCUCCUGAUUGCUGUUGAAGAGGAGAGGAGGCGACUGAUCCAGAACGCUAAUGACGUGCUAAUAGCACCACUGGAGAAGUUUCGUAAAGAGCAAAUAGGAGCCGCAAAAGAUGGGAAGAAGAAGUUUGACAAGGAGAGUGAGAAAUAUUAUUCCAUCCUAGAGAAGCACUUAAAUUUAUCAGCAAAGAAAAAAGAAUCUCAUUUGCAAGAUGCAGAUACACAGAUUGACAGAGAACAUCAAAACUUUUAUGAAGCAUCGUUAGAAUAUGUUUUUAAAAUUCAAGAAGUACAGGAGAAAAAGAAAUUUGAAUUUGUUGAACCCCUUUUGGCCUUUCUUCAAGGAUUAUUUACAUUUUACCAUGAAGGAUAUGAACUGGCUCAGGAGUUUGCACCAUACAAGCAGCAGCUGCAGUUCAAUUUACAGAAUACCCGGAAUAACUUUGAAAGCACUAGGCAAGAAGUGGAGAGACUCAUGCAAAGAAUGAAAGCGGCCAACCAGGAUUACAGACCACCCAGUCAGUGGACAAUGGAAGGCUAUCUCUAUGUGCAGGAAAAACGACCACUUGGAUUUACAUGGGUAAAACAUUACUGCACUUAUGAAAAAGGAACAAAAACGUUUACAAUGUGUAUAACUGAAACAAAAUCUGGUGGAAAAGUGAAUGGCCUUGUCACCAGCCCACCAGAGAUAUUCAAACUAAAAUCUUGCAUCAGGAGAAAGACAGAUUCAAUUGACAAACGUUUUUGUUUCGAUAUUGAAGUGUUUGAGAGACCUGGAAUCAUCACACUACAAGCUUUUUCAGAAUCCAACCGAAAACUUUGGCUUGAAGCUAUGGACGGAAAGGAACCAAUUUACACACUGCCAGCCAUUAUUAGCAAGAAGGAAGAAAUGUUCUUAAAUGAAGCAGGUUUUAACUUUGUGAGGAAAUGUAUUCAUGCUGUAGAAACAAGAGGUAUUACAAUCCUGGGGCUGUACAGAAUAGGUGGUGUAAACUCCAAAGUGCAAAAGCUGAUGAAUACCAUAUUUUCCCCUAAAUCUCCUCCUGAUAUGGAUAUUGAUAUGGAGCUUUGGGACAAUAAAACAAUAACAAGUGGACUAAAAAACUACCUCAGGUGUCUUUCAGAGCCACUGAUGACUUUCAAGCUGCACAAAGAUUUUAUUGUUGCUGUUAAAUCAGAUGAUCAGAAUUACAGAGUUGAGGCAGUGCAUGCACUUGUGCAUAAAUUACCGGAGAAGAACAGGGAGAUGCUGGACAUCCUUAUCAAGCACUUGGUCAAGGUAUCAUUACACAGUCAGCAAAAUCUUAUGACUGUAUCCAACCUUGGUGUUAUCUUUGGACCAACUCUGAUGAGAGCCCAAGAAGAAACCGUGGCUGCUAUGAUGAACAUUAAGUUUCAGAAUAUCGUCGUUGAAAUUCUGAUAGAGCAUUAUGAAAAGAUAUUUCACAGUGCACCAGACCCCAAUAUUCCUCUUCCCCAACCUCAGUCCCGUUCAGGUUCAAGAAGAACAAGAGCAAUUUGUCUCUCCACAGGUUCACGUAAACCUAAAGGAAGGUACACACCAUGUCUAGCAGAUCCUGAUAGUGAUUCCUACAGCAGUAGCCCAGACAGCACUCCCAUGGGCAGCAUCGAGUCUCUCUCUUCUCACUCCUCAGAACAGAACAGCACCAGCAAGUGUGCACCCUCGCAGCCCAGGGAGAAAUCGGGAGGGAUCCCAUGGAUUGCUUCUCCCCCCUCUUCUAAUGGCCAGAAGAGUUCAGGCCUCUGGACUACGAGUCCAGAGUCCUCAUCCAAGGAGGAUGCAACAAAAACAGAUGUGGAGUCCGACUGCCAAAGUAUCACUUCUGUCACUGGGCCAGAGAGUGCCUCUCCACCAACAGAUCUCACCAAAAAGAGUUCUUAUAGUCUGUCUGGGCUGAAAAGAUCUUCAGCUUCUUCCCUCAGAUCAAUUCCGUCAGCUGAAGGUAACAAAAGCUGCAGUGGAUCUAUACAGAGCUUAUCUUCAGUAGAAACCAAAGAUACACCAAAGGCUUCACCAAAUCCCGAUUUGCCACCAAAAAUGUGCAGGAGAUUAAGGUUAGAUACUGCGUCAAGUAAUGGCUAUCAAAGACCAGGAUCUGUAGUGGCUGCAAGAGCACAGUUGUUUGAAAGCGCUGGUUCACUUAAACAAGUUUCUUCAGGACGGCAAGCAAAAGCCAUGUAUUCCUGUAAGGCUGAGCACAGUCAUGAGCUGUCUUUCCCACAGGGGGCAAUAUUUUCCAAUGUGUAUCCAUCAGUGGAACCAGGCUGGUUAAAAGCAACUUACGAAGGGAAAACAGGACUAGUCCCUGAGAAUUAUGUUGUCUUCCUCUAGUAACUUGUAGUGGACAGCAAUAUCUUCAUGGUAUCCAUGGUAACAAAUAAUAAGCACUAUGAUUUUUAUCUGACACAGAUAUGCGAUCAGCCCGUUAGCUGAGAGUGGUAGAUUUCCUUCAGAUCCUGCAGCCGCUCCCUGUCACCAGAACAGAAUGUGAUGAAACAGUUAACAGUUACUGUACUGAAGACGGUACUCUGUUUAAAUAACUUCUAUUGUUUGUAAAAGGUUGUUCUGUUCUUCUUUUAUGGGUAAGGAACACUAGAGCAAUAAAAUCAAAAAAAGUUACCAUUUAGCUGCAGACCUGCAGGUCCUAGGAUGUUGCUCACAGAAGUGUGAAAUUUAGAGGCAAUGCACUCUACAAUGUUUCUUGCAAUCUGUAGUUUGUUUGGUUUUUUUUUUUUUUUUGUAAUGUAAGUAAUGUUUCUAUUGUGAUCUGAAUUCUCCCUUGGAAAACUUGAUUCUGAGAUCAGUCCUAAUCAUUUCAAAUAAGAAAUGAGUUUUCCAUAAAUCAGAAGUUUGAACUUUUGUUAGUCAGUCACAGUAUGUUACAGAAUUUAUGUAAUUGAUAACAAAAUCAGAUUAUACUCUGAGUGAGCAGUAAGUGCUCAUCCCAAAUGUAAUGUUUAAUGAAUGUAUCAUUCACUACUUCUUAGAUUUAUUUCUUCCUUUCUAUAGCAUUACAAAUAAUAAUAAUAACUUAAUAUUUCUAUGUUACCAGUCAUCCUGAAGAUGUUCUCAGUGUAUCUCAGAACAAUAGCUAUAGAAAACAACGACAUACUGAAUCUGAAUGACUGGUAGUUACAUGAAGUGAGCAAUGAGAAACAACGCAAUAUGUUUAGAAACCCAAGAUAAAAUGUAACUGCGUCCCUUUCAAGUUUUUCCAUUGCAAAUAAGACAAAUGGCCUGCAAAGUAGUUAAUUUUGUAAACUAUGAAUGCUGAAAGCUCCAUCUAGCAAUGAAAGUAUUUAGCAUUAUUUUUCCUAACUUCCACUGAACUAUUUGGCAAAGAUUUCUCCCUUCCCGCAGAAAAAAACUCUACUUGGUAAAGGUUUUAUAAAGAACCAUUGAUUGUUCCUGGUAGGACUAAAAAAACCGUUUAGUAUUAAAUUUUGCAUAUAUUUUCCUUUUAAAAAUUACUAUAGAAAGGCUGCAAUAAAAAGCAAGCACAUCACCAUGCUUUUAUUACAGAAUAAAGACCAUAAAAAGGGAACAAAGAACACAAGUUAGACAAUAUAGACAUAAAAUAAUUGAAACAGACACUCUGCUAAAAGAAAUACCUGAAAAUCCAGUCCCGAAGCUCUUCUUGAUAAAACUUUGAAGUACAUCUAACAUCUCCGGUCACUAAAAUUACCAACUUAGCAGAAUCUGUUCUUGGAGUGCCAGCUGAAUGCUUCAUGACUUAAAACCCUGAUCUGGAGUCAGUGGAAUUAGAUGUUCGUUCAGAACUACACACAAGCAUAAGCAGCUUUCUAAAUUUGAGCCUUUCUUGCACAGUUUGAGAAGGAAGAGUGCAGUCCUUGCUUGAUUAGUUACCAUGCCCUAUUGAAAGACAAGAUAUUUAAGUACCAUAUUAACAAGUUAAUAAUUCUUCAGUGUUAGUAUUAGAGGAAGAUUUCACUGUUCCAUAGACCUAACUAAUCUUAGUUCUUUCUUCAAUAACAGUAAUAAAUGUGUAAGACUUCUCUUGAUUUCUAAGAUGUAUGCUGCCUCCAGAAAAUUUAAGGAAGAACUUCUUUUAGGGCUAGAAAUAUCAUUAAUCUACUGAUCGCUUCUUUUUUUUUUUCAUAACCUUUUCCUUGUUUAAAUUAGAUGAUAGAUUUAUUGCCAAUAUACAGAAGCAUAUCAGGACCUCCUUUACAUGCAUAUAGUCCAUCACUUAGGCUGAUCAACUCUGUGUUGGAAUUCAGGCUGGUGGCAAAAGCCUGAAAAGUCCUUCUGUUUGAUAGUUAAAGCAUCAGGCAGUGUUCAGGAAAGGGGGGAGACUGGCAGAGUAGCCCCCCGAGAUGGGCUUGCUUUUCACAGAGGGAGUCUUUGGCUUUAAUUGGGCUAGUCUGGAUGGGGUAGAUUGCAGGCAGUUGACAACAGACCCCUUGAAUUAGUGACUGACUCAUCUGGGUAAUUUCUUCAUUCUAGAGAGAGUUUCAUUAGGUCCCAAAUCAGAUUUUCCUUCCCCAUAAGACAAGACUGUGUUCAGCACCUUGUGAUGAAGGAUUGUUCUGGACUUCGUCAUGGGCAGUGGAGAGACAGACCCAUGUGUGAUGCCCAUAAUGUUCCUAGAGCAGGAGAGAGAGGAGGUGAACAGAAGGACCUUUCUCACCAGGUCGAGCAUUUCUUACUUUUAAGGAAAGCCAACACCUUUGUAUAACCUGUGCCUGAAAAUUCCAUUGUCCUGAGAUCAUCAACAUGAUUUUAGUUGUGUUUUUUUGCUGUAUUGGAAGGCACAAUCCAAAAAUUGCAGAGUGUCAAAGGGCUUUCCUCUGCUGACCUGCCCAGGAGAAGGGCUCUGCAGGUGAACAGGAGUGGGAGGAAGGCAGAGGGCAGAGCUACGACCAGAGGCUAGAGGCCCGGCAACAGCAUCUCGCCCAUGCAGAGAAAUGCAGUGGUCUGGAAAAAAAACUUUUCCUAUCUAUUGCACCAGGGUCAGGCCUAAACUGACCUUUAUUGAACUUCUCUUUCAUGACCUUUUAUGCCUUUUAGGAGGAAUUUAAUUGUUGUGAAAUUCCUGAGGAAGACUGAAAUAGAAAAUGCUUGCUUUUAUUUGAUUUUCUUUAGCCUGAUUUCCCCCAGUUUUUUUUUUAAAGGUGAUUUAGAUGAUGUCACAAUCUGUGUGUAUUUCUGGGUAUUCUCCAUUAGUAUGUUUUGAAACCAACUGAUCCAAUUGCAAGCUAGAGGACUCAAAGAUACUAAGCUUAUACAAAUUUUAUAAAAUUGUUGAGUUCAAUUACAGAUUGAGUAGGUAGAGCCUGUAAGUGCUGAGGGAAUGGUUGCAGAAAGACCUGAAAGAAUCCCUGUGGAAGAGAGGUAUUAUGUCUAUUCCCAUACAUUCAUAUCCUGUUAGAUAUCAGAAAAUUCAACUGUGCAAGACAACUUCAUAAGAAACUGGAUUUCAUUUGUUCUGCUGCUCACAAAACAAAUUAUCUUUUAUUCUUUAGAACUAUUAACCUUUUCAGGCCCUUCUUCUGAACCAGCCAUGUUGAUCAUACAUUGAAACUUAGCUGUAAAAUGACUUUUCCAUCUGAAAACAUUAUGCCCAUUCUUAAUUGCAGUUAACCACUCACUUUUAAUGGAGAGUUAGUGGUUUUUUUUUUUUUUUUUUUUAAUAUGCUGCUGUUAUUCUGUGUUCCUUUCUUCUGUGGUACAUAACAAGCACUUUCUGUGUAAUUUCACUGCUGGGUUGAAUGCCCCAGCUCUUCCCUGACUUUUUAUGAGGGCAUUUAUCUCUACAAGAAGCUGUAAAAUGAACUGGAAAGUUGUUUAAAGUAACUGGGUGUCUGCAAACUGGAACAGAGGAGAGAGCAGCACCAACACUUGCCUAAUGAUGAUACUCUCAGGCCUGACCAAAAAUCUCUUCUGAUAAUUGUAGAUCAUCAGAAAUACACGUAACAUUUAAAUGAAGAUAAAAUAUUUGGAUAGUGCCUUAUCAGAGAAUUAGGUGAUCCAAACCAGUUUAGUUCAGAGUAUUUAUUUAGUUGUUAAGUAAAGUCAGAUUCACUUCACAAGCAAAGGUUGUGCUAAAUUUUUUAAUUAUCCUUACUACUAAAUUAUCCUUACUAAAAAAAUGCAGCAGUUUUAUCAAAAUAACACUGUAGAAGUUGCAGUAGAUGACACAUUGAGAUGGCUGUUUGUCUUGAGAAAAAAAUGUCUGUACCCACAACUUACGUGAGUAACCAUGUCUUUUUCUUUGUUAAACUUUUUGGUACAUGUUGCAGCAAAACAUGAGUCAAACUAAUAGUAUGAAGGACUGAUAUAUUGUAUGAUAAAUAUGUAAAAUAUAGUAAUAUUUUAUAUCACUUUUUAUUAAUACUGAUUAAGAUGAAAAAUUAUUUUUGGUGUAAUUUCUUUGAGUUCAGUAUUAAAAUGUUCAUGCCAUAUUUUGGCAUUUAGAGUACUAUGUAACAAAACUCCUAAAUUAAACCAUAGCUAUCACUUAUGUCCCUAACUAAUCUAUAAAGUUCAUUGUUAGAUUAUUUCUGGAAAAAUGACGCACAGAAUUGCUGACCAGCACUAAUCUAUGAUAGUAGUAGUAACUUAUUGUCUGCUUAUAUAUUUUCUGGUGAUAAUCUCUAUUCUUUGGCUGUAAUUGGAUUCAUUUUAAUAUGCCUUGAGGAAAGAAAUCUUAGGAAGAGAGCUGCAAAAUUCAGCAGCUGAGAACAAUAAUUACAACAAAAGAGCAUUAUAAUAUGGGAGGAAUUUGAUUUCUUUGUUAUGUUUGUGCAUUGGCCUAUUUUCUACUUAAUAAGAUUGCAUCAGAAUAAAUAAUGAAUCCAAAAAGCACAUUGUUCUUCAUACUGCAUUUCCUAAUGCCACAGUUUGUGCAACUCUGGAAUGAGUGGCAAGAAGAAAGUGUCCCCUAACGGUGCGUAUCCUACAGAUUGAGGUGGAUCUUCUCCAUUGAUGGAAAGUCUCAGAGCGCUAGAGAAGUCAAAGAGAGACAUUUGGCAAUUUAUAGUGGGAGUGUGCUGGCCAGAAGCUCCCCUAUGGGUAAAUGGAAUAUUCUGUCUAUGGGAAAACACGUGGUAUGGCUUGGCAUUGUGUUUUCUUCAGCCAAGUGCCCAGUGUGGAUCACUCCAUUAAACAGAGAUCAAGCUAUAGACAAAUUUCAGUGUUACUCUUUGUGGUCAUGCAGCCCUGAGCACUGCUGCUUCCACCGCCCCUUCGGCUACCAUUCAUGCAAAAGCUAGACUGUUGAUCAGGCUGUAUGAGAAGAGGUUGGGAGGUCUCUUUUUUGCAUAGGAUUUUGUAUGGGCUUUGGGAGUUUGCUUUGUUUUAUUUUAAUAAGGUGCUUGGUAUCCAAACAGAUAAUAAUACAAUGUUGCAUUUCAGUCACCAAAGAUAAUAGCAUUGUUUAUAUUGUCCUGUAUGUGGCAGUAUUUAAUAAGCCAUUGGAUUAUCCUUGUUAUUUUAAAUACAGACAAUGGUGCUUCAACUCUUGGAUGUCUCCGUUGAAAGCUAUUCUGCAACAGUUUUUUUGGAAGUGUAUCAGGAAUUGUUGUUAGUGUUCUGGCACUGGCAGUAAAGAUUUCAGAAUAAUCUCAGCACUGCAAGAGUUUCUACUAUAGCAAAGGGCAAAGCAAUUGAACAUAUGGGUAGUUCCAAUUUACAAUCUUAUUUAUGACAAUUUUGGAGGUAUUAGAGUCUAUAGGGGUUACUUUAGAUACUAUAGAGUAUUUUAAUAGGAAAGUAUAUUCAAUCAAUAACAAAAAUAUAUAUAUUUAAUAAAGUACUACUAAAUUAUCUUAUUGAACUCUUUGUUUAUUUUGUAGUGUGGUUUCAAUAAUUAUCUGCACUCUGUAUAUAUCUACAUGUAAAUAACUGGCAUGAUAUGCAUAAGCUGACUUGCAGAUGUAUUUCUAUGUUUUACUUUACACUGUAUUUCAGAAAUUUGAAAAAUGUUUUUAAAAUAAAAAGCCUUUCUACACAAA